GCGAUUCUGGCAAAGCACAACCAGAUCUGUUCGAUGACAGCCUCAAAUCUAAAGUUCGGCGCGUCAGUAGCCCUAAUUUUGUGGUUGUCGGCUGGCGUAGGGCAUUGCCAGGUUGGAUAUGUGCGGCACCUAUCGGAGCUGCGGAUUAAGGAGCUUGAGGACUUGGCGGCUCGCAUGCAGAACUCAAUUAACACCGACAAAUAUGCAUGCGACAGUUACUUUGACUACGUCUGUAGUCGCAAUCGGCCGCUCUUCUCCAUCAUGGGUCACAUGCCUCAGAUGAGUGACCUUAUGCAGUUAUUGACCGAGCUUCAAAAUGACCCAGAACAGUUUGAGGCAAAGCAGAAAAUGAUGGACUUCUUCAUUUCCUGCAACUCGCAGCACGCGCUGGAUGACUGCUAUCGCGAAACCUUUGAAUACUUCAAGCCACUAUUUGGGUACAUUGUUACAAAAAACAUCGUCAAUGGGGGAUCCCACGAGCUGGACGACUUUCUUGGCAUUUUAGACCGCUUCGUGGCCAGGCUGCAAAAAGAUAGAGAGUCCAAUCCUAUUCUCGACAAACUGGCAACUUACAAGCAGAAGUUCAAAACGCCACGCGUAUACUUCCACGCAAGAGAUCUAAGUCGGGAGUACCGAGACUUGCGUAUCUACCGGGAGAGCUACGAGCACAACAUUCGAAACCUUGAGCUGUAUCGAAAGCAGAAUUCGACUUACGAGCUAGGUGUCCAGCGCACAAUGCUGGAUUGGAGCAUGUACCUCUUUCAGAGCCGGAACAAGCCCAUGUCCUACUACUACUCUACGUUUGCCGUGCACUUGUAUAUGAUGCUUUUCAACAGCCGGGAACGUCAGCGCGAUUUUACGCGAUUCCGCGAAGAAGUAGAGUGUCUAAGGCUGCCGCAAUUCGUCAACGUGCUGGAUGAAGCCAGAAUGCUGGCCGUAAUAUACCUUAAGAGCUUCCGAGCCGCUUGGAUAGACUACAGCGCUUGGACCAACACACCACCACAAAACAAUGGGGUCUACGAUCAGGAGAACGGUAUCCUUCAGAAAUACCAUCUUGACAAUAAACGCAUCUUCUUUACACUCUAUGCCCAAAACUUUUGCGAGUUUGGCAAGGAUCUGGCCGAGCACGUCUUUUAUCUGGGUCUUAAGCAGAAUAAGGACUUCUUCGACAUAUAUUCAUGUGGGUUCCAAACGGAAAACCAUAUGACGUGUGUAUAAGCGAUCGAGUUCUUUGUUUCAUCAAUAUUUAAAUAUAUAACAUUAUCAAAUAGGAACACCAAAAGAAAUACAAUAAAGAAUGUUAUGCUUAUCACAUCAGGUUACAUAAAAAACCGA